UCUGCCUUUGCUGCUGCUGCUGCUGCUACUGAAGCUCACCGGCAUUGAGACAGCAAACACGGACGCAGAAAGCCGUACUGACAUCGACGCACACGGCAAUUUCUACCAUUACCAUUACAAAAACGGAUAUCAUCCUGACGCCAUAUUCAACCAACUGAAGAGAGCGUGUGUUUUGGAUUCGGUAUUAAUUUUUACCGUUUUGGCGAGAAUAGACGGCUACCGGGGAAUAGCUGCGUCUGUUUUCCUGCGACACAUUAUGGCAUGCUAACCGGUUUCACUCGCAAAGGGCAUCUUUUUAAAUUUGCCUAACUGCCACAUACGUUAGCUCAGUUUUUGAAGAACACAAAGUUCACGAGGAACCGCUUGCUGACCACGUCUAGCUACAAAUUGCCACCAUUAUUUUAUCUAUUAAAUAAUGAUCAGCAGAUUAAAAACUUUUUUUUAUUUAGAAUGAUUGAUAGAUACGUAUUUUAAAAGGACGUAAUACACCUGAAUGGUAAAGUUUCCGUCUUGGUGAGAGCGCCUUACAAGAUUUGCAAUUGUUUUAAUUUUAUUGGACGCAAAUCAUAUGACCUGUCACUUCAGUGUUUAGGGUCGGAACUCGACAGGAACAAAUCUACUUUUUUGGCCUCACUGUAAACAUGUAUCACCAAGACUACACCGGGGAUUCCCCAGGGACUCCCAAUCGCAAAACUGCUUUUCACUACCAGAGAGGCAGCAGUAGCGCAUCCGGAUCUCCCUCCUCCGUCGGGGGUAACGCCGAUGAAGAGAGCUUGAACACGGCCCAGGCUGGAUCUUCCUUCCUGGCUCUCCAAGCAUUGGGAGCUCAGGGGAAGAAGAAGAGUGGAUUCCAGAUAACCAGUGUGACUUCUGCCCAAAUUAAUGUCAGUGGCAACAACAGCCUGGCGGAUGACACAGAGAGCUACGACGACAUGGAUGAGUCACACACAGAGGAUCUCUCCUCCUCUGAGAUGCUGGAUGUGUCGGCAUCGAGGGUUGCUGACACAGAAGUUCCGGAGAGGACCUCAUCAGAUGAGACCUUGAACAGUCUCCAUGGGGUGGACACUCCUGGACUGGUGUCCCCUAAUGAGUCCCUGCAGCCUCAUCACGUGGCUCAAGGGUCAUCCUUGGUGAAUGGGUCUAUGCAUCAUCAAUAUUGCUCUCAACAGGCCCACCGUUAUCACUCUGACCCAGCAUUACCAACUCUUCCCAUUGCACCCAUAGCCAGCUCCAGUCCAGCAAUGGCUCAGAGACCUCUAGUGCAGGAUAACCCCAAACUUGCUGUAUUUGCAGCUCCCCCUACUAAUCUACAAAGCACUGAAAAAUCUUCUAAUGUUUCUGCUGCAGGUUCUGACAGCACUACUGCAAGUGGGCCAGCAACCCAAGCUACCCAUAUCCAUACAGCCCCUGGCUCUCGUUUCAGGGUUGUCAAACUGGACACAAACUCUGAGCCUUUCCGCAAAGGAAGAUGGACAUGCACAGAGUUUUACGAGAAAGAGGUUCCUCAACCAGCUCCCACUGAGGCACCAAAAGCUGCAGAUGUGGUAGCAGAGAUAGAGGCAGGAAACACAGGGGUGAGUUUGGCUAAUCCUGCUGUGCAGCCACCUCCCAUGCUGCAGUCAUAUCACCCUCCCACUCAGGAUUUCACCAGUCCACAGGUGGUGAAGCAAACCACUCCCCAGAGCCAUCUUUCCCCCAAAGAGGUUAUUGGAACAACUUAUAGUCAGAAAUCUGCAGCAACAUCACAACCUCCUCCUGUAAUACCCCAGCUGCUACCCUAUACCGUAGAUCCCCAGCAGUCCCAACCCCAGGGGAGUUAUCCUACUCCUCAGUUCCAUGCAGGAGUUGUAUCCCAAAGAGGUGUCAGACAGCCAGACUUCAUCCAGCCAACGGCCCCCUUUCAGACGCAGGUCCAGCCUCCGCUUCCACAUGUUAAUACUGGGAUUUCUGCACCAGUUCCUCGGGUCCCAUUACAGCAUCCCAGCAGCAUUUCUGCACAGCUACCACUUCAAGGUCAGCUAGUCUCACCUACUUCUGCAGCGUGCACUUCUGAUCAACCUCAGUCCCAUCCUCUACAAAAAGCACCUCUCCAGAACCCCUCAGCAGCAACUGCUCCAGUAGCUGCUCCUCAAGGUACCCCGUACAAACCACUGACCACUCUGCAAGCUGACCUUGAGCCCCUUCUCACCCUGGGAGCGAACCUUACCUAUAUUCCCGGAGGAGGAAGCUUAGUAAAAAACACAGAGUUGGAGAAUGCCCAGAAAUUCUUGAUCCAGCACCAGGGCUUGCUGGGCCUGCCCAGGCUGGCUGUGGGUGGGGAGGGGGCCGCCGAGGACCACAUGGGCAUGUCAGUGGAGGCUAGGGCUUUCAUGGCUGCUGCAGGCUUUAGGAGUCAGCAUACAGAAGAGGAUGACAGGUGUUCCUGUUCUCACUGCCAAUAAUGGAUUCUGCGAGAGAGUGCAUCUGUUGCCAGAAAAUCGGCUUGGUUGUUGCUAAGAUGGAAGAAGCCAGAGAGGAUAUGGAUGGAGAAAUCCCUGGCUGUAUCACAGAUCAUCCUGGCAUGGAAGCGGUGUGACUAAAUGCUUGGACAUUGCAGGUUGCUUGGUCCCAAUACAAGCAACAGCAUAGGCAUAUAGUCUAUAGACAAUUUGUGAGAUUGUAUUGGGACUAUUUAGGCAAAGAUACCCUCUUAGGCUGUGAUACCCUCGUGUGCAGUCAGCUGUAUAAGGGCCCACUUCCCAACCCCAGGACAUGAAGAAGACUUUACCUUUAGAGGUCACCUGUUGCAUGGACCGCGGAACGCAUUUCAAAUUGGUCGGGCCCAUCAGUCCGGCGCGCAUGCGCGAAAAACCCGGAUGAAAG